CUUGGUUUUAAUUUGCUUUUUGUGAGAUACAUGAAAUCUGCGCAUGUUGUAAAAGCCCAGAGCGCUUUUCGUCUUUAGUCUGCGUUUGGUCUUCGUUCCUAUUGCGUUGAACCGCGAACUGCAAAAUUCGCCGAUACAGCAAUCGGAGGCAAAACCUUCAAGCUAGAUCUUCUUAGCCUACCGGAAUUCGGGAUCACGUCACUUUUGUACAAGUCUCACCUUCGACAUCGCUUCAUUAAGGCAUUGCCUGGGAAUUAGGGUUUAAAGAAACUUACGUUUAUGAUCACCUUGGUUUCGUUAAAGUAUUGCGGACGAUGAUUUGAAUGCUGAUUCGUUUAUUGCAAGAAAUUUGGGUAAAAUGACGGUACCCAGUCGAAGCUUCACUCGAAUUGACACUUUGGAGCUGAAAGCUUUGAUUGUUCGGAAGAUUGGGCAUCAGAGAGCUGUGAAAUACAUGGAACAGCUUAAAAGAUUUAUCUGUUUAAAGAUUAGCAAGUCUGAGUUUAAUAGGUGCUGCAUCAAGACAAUAGGGAGGGAGAAUAUGCCUCUUCACAACCAACUUAUGAGGGCAUUGCUCAAGAAUGCUCGUCUGGCUAAAGCCCCGCCUCCAAGAGCUGCUUGUAAAGUAGGAAGUCCUCUCAGUGUAAAAGUUUUGAAUGGGGGUUCAUUGUCACCUUCCCUCCAGAGAAGUGGAUCUUCAGUAGGCCGGGAUGGCAAGUUUAAGGACUGGCAAAGUCCAUUGCGACCAGUGGGCAAACCUCAAAGCGUAACGUCUUUAGAAUUGAUAUCCAAGGCACUGGAGCAGCAGAGUGCAACCGAAUUGCAUUCCCUUGGGAGUAGACCACCUGUUUCUGUUGAAGAUGGCGAGGAGGUUGAACAGAUGACUGGAAGCCCCAGUAUCCAAAGUAGGAGCCCAGUUACAGCGCCUCUUGGUAUAUCCAUGAACUUUGGUUGUGGUCGAAAACUUCUAUCAAAUGCAUCAGCAAGUCGUAAAUAUUAUUUAGAGACCUGUCAAAGCAGUGGAGAGCUACCUGAUACUAGUUCUUUGAGGAGGCGAUUGGAGUGGAAGUUAGAAAAGGAGGAUUUAUCUGUAACUGUGGACUGUGUAAAUCUGUUGAAUAAUUCCCUAGAUUCAUAUUUGAAGAGGCUGAUUGAGUCCUCUUUCAGUUUAGCUGCGUCAAGAUGUGGUAGUGAGCGCUUAAGACAACCAAAUAGUCAGUCAGUGCCUGGUUCAAUUGCAUCACUACCUGGAAGAUAUAUGCAAACAGUAACAACUUCUUCUUGUACAUCUCUUCUAGAUUUUCGUCUUGCAAUGGAAUUGAAUCCCCAAAUUCUUGGACCUGAUUGGCCCAUACAGCUUGAAAAGAUCUGUGUAAGUGCUUCUGAAGAAUGAAGCUUGUACUUUCAGCUGAUUAGAAUUCAACUGGAAUCAAAGGGAAUCAAAGGGCAGAAGUUGCGGAUGAGGGAUUAAUUUGUUGAUUGAAGUCGUGUGUUGAUAAUUUCUUGCUUCAGCUGACAUGAUUAUUGAUUUCCAUCAUAUCCUGAAGUCACGUCGGUUGCCAAAACAGAAUAAGGAGCAUCUGGGAUUCUAGGUGUAAGUUGGUUAGAUUACACAAAAGAUAUAGAGAUUGAUGGUCGUUAGGGAGUGGGACAUGUUUAUACCAAAGUGUGUGAACCUCUGGGUAGGAUUGAAAGCUUCAUUGUUUCAAGAGUUCAACAUUGAUUGUUGAUGAUAGCCAGUUCUUGUCACUCUUAUUUUGACUUUUCGACUAAUUGUUGUAGACUAGGCUUGAAUGUAGUUUCUGGGUCCCUCUUGUUUUAUAUAAUACAAGUUUCUCCUUAGUCCUAA